ACAUGUGCAGCAGGGCCAUUUGUCCCAUGCAGAGCCAAACUUGUGCAUUAUUUAAUGAGAAAUACAAAACAAAGAUUCAAUACUUUUCCUUCUUCGUCAUAGGCAUUUACCAGAUACAAUGUCUAGAAAAGGGUCAUUUUGUUUCCCUUUCUUAAUAACGUUUGAUGAGACUUAUCACCCAUUCAUUUCUGAUGUCUUCAAAGAGUCGGCAUAAUAUUCCAGUCAAGCUGGCCGGGCGGCAACUCAUCCGAUAACGCGCCUAUUUACUGAACCCAUUUACAAGUUGGCCACAUGGCUCAUUAAUAAUCCACAUGAGUGAACAAUGUUCUACGGUUCAAAAUUAGACCAGCCUUAACUGCCACUAUGUCUAUAAGUACCACAAAAUGAUUCUUCUUUCCAUAAAUACAAGCACACAAACCAGACCGACAUACACAGAAAGAGAGAGAUAGAGAAGGAUGUCUACUGUUAAUGGCUUCCAGGGUAGCAACAAUGGCUACUCUAAUGGUUUCCAUGCCAGUGAUACAACAGGCAAGAUCAUCACUUGCAAAGCUGCUGUUGUUUGGGGGCCUGGAGAACCAUUUGUCAUAGAAGAGGUGCAAGUGGACCCUCCACAGAAGAUGGAGGUUCGGAUCAAGAUCCUUUUCACCUCCAUCUGCCACACCGAUCUCAGCGCUUGGCUCGGUCAUAACGAGGCUCAGCGCGCAUUCCCACGCAUCCUCGGCCAUGAAGCCAGCGGGAUUGUGGAGAGUGUGGGGGAGGGAGUGGAGGACCUGAAGACUGGAGAUCAUGUUGUGCCAAUCUUUAAUGGAGAGUGUGGGGGAUGCGCAUAUUGUAAGUGCGAGCAGACGAACUUGUGCACUAAGUUUCGGGUGAACCCAAUGAAACGCGUGAUGGAUGCGGAUGGGCAGCCUCGGUUUUGGAUGGCGAGCAAGGAUGGGGAGGAGCGGCGCCCGGUGUAUCACUUCCUGAACGUGUCCAGCUUUGCUGAGUAUACCGUUGUGGACUCUGCGUGCGCCGUGCGCAUCCAACCGGCCGCUCCGCUCCAUAAGAUGUGUCUCCUUAGUUGCUGCAUCUCCACUGGGGUGGGAGCUGUUUGGAAUACUGCAAAUGUUCAUGAGGGCUCAAAGGUGGCAAUUUUCGGUUUGGGGGCUGUAGGUCUUGCAGUUGCAGAAGGGGCAAGGCUAAGAGGAGCUUCUCAAAUAAUUGGAGUUGAUAUUAAUCCAGAUAAAAUGAUAAAAGGGAGAGAGAUGGGCGUGACAGACUUCAUCAACCCUGCAAAUUGUAAAAAUCCUAUUAAUGAGGCGAUUAAAGAGAUGACAAAAGGUGGCGUGGACUUCAGCUUCGAAUGUGCUGGCAAUCUAGACGUUCUACGUGAAGCUUUUACUUCCACUCAUGAUGGAUGGGGGCUCACAGUGAUUCUGGGAAUUCAUCCAACUCCAAGACUGCUCCCUCUGCAUCCAAUGGAGCUCUUUGAUGGCCGAAGGAUGGUUGGUUGCGUCUUCGGAGACUUCAAAGGGAAAUCACAUCUGCCGGAAUUCGUCGAAAAGUAUAUGAAGGGGGAUGCAACUUAUAAGCUCAAUUUGGAUGGCUUCAUAACACAUAAGCUCCCAUUUGAGAAGAUCAAUGAAGCUUUCAGGCUACUGCAGCAGGGGAAAUCACUUAGGUGCCUUCUCCACCUCUGAGCAAGUUUACAUGUGUGUAUAUGUGUUGUCAAAUGUCAGUUUGAUCUUUUGAUGUUCUUCAAUAGUCUUGGCCUUUGGUUUGGUACAUUUAUAAUUUAAUACUCUGCUAUAUUAAAUUUCAU